AUGGAUGUCAUCGGAUUUGUUGCAGUAUCACAUGACAUGGUUGAUUUUGGAUAUGAUGUAAGUGUCAAGGAAUCAAGCAAUACAUUUUUAACUAUUGCGGGUGGUAAGAUAGACAUGGAUUCUGUAAAAAAAGGAUAUAUUCGUAUGGCAAAUGGGCUACAAUACAUCAUCGAAAGAUACAAAUACGAUGCGUGUGGGUUGACAUUCCUAGCAAAUCACUUCUGGCAAUUGACUAAUGGACGUCAUCGAAUUAUUCCAUCGAUCUAUAAUGGUGCAACUAACUAUCAGCAUAAUUAUUUGGAAUUGAAAAGUACAUUGCUGGAUGUAUUGCAAGAUGAUAAUAAUAUUACAAAGAAAGAUAGCAUCAGUGCAUUGGAAGCCGCAGAAAACCUUAGGGUUGCUGCUUUGUCACUAGGAUAUGAUGCUAUAGCAAUUGCCAAACUUAUAACCAUAGAUAUUGCUGGUAGUUACGCUAGUGAUAUUGAAAUAUCACCCCAAACCAUCAAUGUGAUCGAACAUGACUUCCUUUCUAUGGAUGAUAUGCGAGUAUAUGUGGUUGAAAACAGGCAUGAUGUUAUCUUGUUUGCUUGGCACA